AUGGACAUCCACGAAGAGGCAGCAAAACGCGUCUCGGACGAAUACGAUGUCCCCGCUAUCUAUACCGACGUUGAUGAAAUGUUGGCAAAAGAGGAUUUAGACAUCGUCAGUAUCACGACAUGGCAGGGACCGCGGGGAGAAGCGACCGUUGCCGCGGCGAAAGCAGGUGUGAAAGGCAUUUUCGGCGAGAAACCGAUGGCGGCUUCACUUGGACAAGCCGACGCUAUGAUCGCUGCCUGUGAAGAGAACGAUGUCAAACUUAUCAUCGGACACCAAGGUAGAUACGCGCCGGCAAACAUAGAGACCCGCAGGCUUGUCGCUGCAGGAGCGAUUGGUGAACCCACAACUGUCCACCACAGCGCGAAAAAGCACGCGGGACUGCUGAACACAGGGACGCACGCAAUUGAUGGUUGGCGCUUCAUGCUGUCCGACCCUGAAACACUCUGGGUGAUUGGACAGACCGCUCGCACGACCGAUCGGUGGGAACGCCGCACAAUUUGUGAGGACCUCUGUAUGGGCUUAGUCUGCUUUGAAGGCGGGCGCACGCGGUAUUACGAAGGCGAUCUACCGGAACCGUCAGUUUCAAUGCCCAACAUCGCCGGAACAGAGGGACAAAUUCGUAACGGACCUGACGGCACACUUCUGCUCCAAAACGGGGACGCGAAGGGAUGGCAAACCAUUACGCCACCCCCACAAACCAAAAAUCAGUACGAUGAAUUCAUCGAGUGGAUCGAGGGUGACAUUCCUGACCAUCGCGGCAGUGGCGUCCAAGCACGCUAUACACUUGAAAUCAUGAUGGCUAUUUAUGAGUCUUUGCGCAUCAAGAAUAUCGUCCACAUGCCGAUGGAAACCAAAGAAUUGCCUCUUGAACUCAUGGUUAACGAUGGUACACUACCGGUCUUAGAAGAAGGACGUUAUGACCUGCGUGCACCGUUUGAAGGGCAAACUCGGAAAAGCUAA